CCAACCGAGGAUCCAGUCACGGACGUAAAGAUCCAGAUCCUCUCUCUCUAUUUCUACUCUCCGCUAACUGCUGAGAAAUUAAAGAAAAAAGAGCUCCUUUUCUUUCUCUGAUUUCUUUCAUUUCUCUCUUAUGCUGUGAGGCGACCGUAAGAAGAUUUCUGAGCGCUUUACUUUCAUAGUGUGGUACUGAUUUGCAGGAGAUGGCUAUAAAUCGAACUGCACAGAUUGCUCUUAGUGUGGCAGCAUUUGGCUCACUGGCUUUCAUAUUUGGAGUAAUUGCUGAAAAUAAAAAGCCAGCAGCUGGAAUACCAUUUUCUGGAAAAGAUGUAGUGAUUUGUAAAUAUCCAUCUGAUCCGACCGUUGCUUUGGGAAGCUUAUCCGUGGUGACUCUUUUUGUUGCUACCAUUCUCGGGGUGGUUUCUAUGUUUUACCCCUACAAAGGAAAAUCUGUCCCCACCGAAGCUUUGUUCCGCAGCACUACCCUGCUUGUCUUCUUUGUUAUUGCAAUGAGUGUGUCUGUGCUGGCAGAAGCAAUGAUGAUGUGGGCAACAAUCACUGAAGGCCUUCACCGUGUCCGGAAUGUUCACCACAACCUCAAUACACAAUGCCCCACUGCCAAGACCGGACUCUUUGGUGGUGCUGCAUUUCUGGCCCUCGAUGCAGCCCUCUUUUGGUUGGUCUGCCAAAUGCUGACACUCAACGCCCGAGAAGACUACUUAGAAGAGGAGGAUCCCAAAGGUGAAUAUGGCCACAUCCACACUACCGAAUACAGUGCUAAUGGAGCUGAGCCGGUUCAGUCUGGGGUGUAAAACAUCUACAGGCAGAAAGGAGAAAGAAAAACUCUUGCAUUAGUCUCUCUUUCAAAGUAUUUUACUAGGAGGAUUAAAAUCUGUAGUUGAAUCUAUAAAAAUAUGUGCAUCCUUUUGCUCCUUUCUCUUUCA